AUGGGAGCCACCACCCUCCUCAUCCUUGACAUCCAGAAUGGGAUCGUCGACAUCUUCGACAAGUUCAUCACAGAGCCAUACCUGGAGCGCCUAGUCAAGACAAUCGCCGCAGCUCGUAACGAAUCUAUCAACAUCAUCUAUGUCGUGACAGCAUUCCGCCAAGGUUACCCAGACACCCACCCGCUAAACGCCUCCACCGGCCCAGUCACGGCAGCUGGCAAGUACCAAGAGGCAAGCGCCGAUGUCCAGCUCCACCCAGCCGUCCAACCUCUUCCAACAGAGCCCAUUAUCACUAAACGCCGAGUUUCAGCAUUUAUGAGCACCGAGCUGGAUCUUCUUCUGCGCUGUUCGGGUACAGAUCAUCUGGUCGUGGCGGGAAUCGCGACUAGUGGUGCCGUCCUCUCAACCAUUCGCCAGGCACAGGAUCUGGACUUUCACAUUACUGUCCUGCGGGAUCUCUGCCUGGAUCGUGAUGAAGAAGUUCACCGUGUUUUGAUUGACAAGGUCUUUGGCCGGAAGACGGAUGUUUUCAAUGCGCACGAGUGGGUGUAUCGAAUCAAGGGACUGGCGUCUUCCUAA